AUGGCUCAAGCAGGGGAUAAAAACACCAAGUUUUUUCACUCGGUUACGAAGGCACGACGUAUCCGAAACAACCUCAAUACCAUUUUGGAUGAAAAUGGUACCAUACAGAGAGGAGAUGAGGCCAUAGGAGAUGUUUCAGAAAAGUAUUUCCAGAAUCUAUUCAGCUCUGAUCAACCGAGUAAUGAUAUCUACGCCAAAGUCUUUGAAGGUUUUGAAACGCGAGUUUCUGAUGAGAUUAACAGAGAUAUCACUAAACCUGUUACUGCAAAGGAGAUUGAAGCUGCAGUUUUCUCAAUAGGACCGAGCAGAGCACCAGGACCAGAUGGAUUCUCAUGCGCCUUUUAUCAUCAUUUCUGGGAAGAUAUUGAAGAGAUUCAAUUAUUUUUCCGUCAAGAGCAUCUCUCCGGAGUUAUAUCAGAGAAUCAGGCAGCGUUCAUACCUGGUCGCAUGAUUACGGAUAACGUUAUCGUUGCACAUGAGAUGUAUUAUGCUCUCAAAUCUCGGAAGCGACAAGCAAAAUCGUAUAUGGCGUUGAAGACUGAUAUUACAAAAGCAUACGAUAGGCUUGAAUGGAGAUUUUUGGAGGAGACUAUGAGGCAUAUGGGAUUUUGUCAGCAAUGGAUAUCUUGGAUUAUGAAGUGUGUAUCUUCAGUGAACUUCAAAGUGUUGAUUAAUGGGUCGCCAAAGGGUUUGAUAAGACCAGAGAGAGGUAUCAGACAGGGAGAUCCUUUGUCUCCCUAUCUGUUUAUUCUUUGUGCAGAGGUUCUGUCACACUUGAUGCAUCAAGCGGGAGCUUCUCGGAAGGUGCAAGGAAUGAAACUAAGUCAGAGCUGCCCUAAUAUAAAUCAUCUGCUUUUUGCGGAUGAUUCUUUAUUCUUCACGCUUGCAAACCAAAAAUCGGCAAAAGGAAUCAAGGAGGUGCUAACUAUUUACGAGCAAGCUUCAGGGCAAGCAGUUAACUUAAGAAAAUCGGCAAUCACUUUUGGAAGAUUGGUUAAGCCAGAGGUGAAGAGACAAAUGAGGAGGAUUCUUGGAAUACACAAUGAAGGUGGUGGAGGGAAGUAUCUUGGUAUCCCAGAACAAUUUACUCACAAGAAAACAGAGAUGUUUGAGUAUAUUGUAGAUAAAGUUAAAGAAAGGACACAAGGGUGGCAUAAGAGAUUUCUAUCAUUAGGAGGGAAGGAGGUUCUGCUCAAAUCGAUAGCUACAGCGAUGCCUGUCUAUUCUAUGAAUGUCUUCAAAUUGCCAAAAGGUAUAUGUGAAGAGAUUAAUAGUGUGUUAGCAGACUUUUGGUGGGGAUCGGAUCAAGGGAAAAAGAAUAUGCACUGGUUUGCUUGGAAUAGAUUAUGUCUGCCUAAAUCUGAAGGAGGGAUUGGUUUCAGAGAUAUUGAAAGAUUUAACCUGGCUCUGCUAGGGAAGCAAGCCUGGCGAUUACUUCAAAAUCCAGAAUGUUUAAUGGCUAGAGUCAUGAGAGGAAGAUACUAUAGUUCUGGUCUUCGAUUUGUGGUGGGGAAUGGAACUACAAUUAGUGCAUGGGAUGACCCUUGGCUGAUAAUGGAUCCACCGAGAGCCCCAAGACCGAGAGAUGCAGAGCUCAGGCAUUAUCAGGUUAACGAAUGGAUCAAAGAUGAUCGUAGUGGUUGGAAUGAAGCUAUUAUUAGGGAAGUAGUAAUUAAGUCUGGUUACUGGUUAGCUAUGCAUCUGCCUGAAAACCCAGGAAUCCAUACACCGUCUGCUAAUAGGGAGCUCAAUCAAGCCAUCUGGAAACUACAUACAGCAAACAAGAUCAAGCAUUUUCUGUGGAAGAUAGCUUCAAAAUCGUUACCAACUAGGGCUACUCUGAGAAGAAGACACAUUAUCAGAACGUCCCUUUGUCUUCGAUGUUGCCAGCAAGAGGAGACAGCAAAUCAUAUUUUCUUUGAAUGCCCUUAUGCACAGCAAGUAUGGCGAGCCUCAGGACUCUUUCACUCGGCACUAUUUGAUCCCCUUAUGGAGUUGGAGACGAAGCUGGUAUCUUUUCUUCUAAACCCUACAGUUUAUACUUCUAUGUAUACACAACAUCAAGUCCUAUGGGUCCUUUGGAGAAUCUGGAAAAGUCGAAAUGUAUUGAUUUUUCAACAAAAAUCAAUUCAUUGGAGAAGCUUAACAAGAUAUGCAAUGAAUGAUGCAAGUGAAUGGAUCAGAGCUCAAGAGAUGACACAGGAAGCUCAACAUCAAAGCAACAAUGAUGGGAGGGAGUUUAGACAUCGACUUUGGAUCACAAUUCAGGGUUGGGUUAAAUGCAACUACGACGGAUCUUUUAGAGGGGAGGAUCACAAUGCCAAAGCGGGUUGGAUUGUCCGAGAUGAUAGAGGGACGUAUUUGGGAUCAGGUCAAGCUGAAGCAAAAAAGGUAUCGAGUGCCAUUGAGGCAGAGUUUCAAGCGUUAAUUAUCUCAAUGCAGAAUUGUUGGUGUCAAGGUUAUCGUCAUAUCAUAUUUGAAGGUGAUAGCAGGAAUGUGGUGAAUUUGGUUAACAACUCAUCACUAAACUUCGUCUUAUUCAAUUGGAUAAGGGAGGUUUGGAGCUGGAUGGCCAAAUUUAAAGAUAUCGCAUUUACUUGGGUCCCAAGAGAAGGAAACCAGGCCGCUGACUUGCUGGCGACAAGAAAUCUUCCAAAUCAUACAAACUUUGUUUAUCAUUCUUAUGUUCCUGAAUUUAUGUCGAAUGUACUUCACAAUGACUUUUUUUCGUCAAGUUAA